ACAGCCAUAACAUCUCCCAAAUUGAAGUGGCAAUGUCUGUCCUGCUAUAUGCACUGUUGGUGUUCCUAUUUGGGCGUGCUUUGCAUCGCAGUGAUGCAGCAGCUCUUUUUGUUCCCAAGAUUACUGAACAUGCUGCUGGUAAUAGCAUAGAGAGUGAGAGAAUGGCACUUCUUGACUUCAAGAAGAGCAUUUCUGAUCCAAACAACAGGCUCUCAUCUUGGGCGAUGGGACAAGACUGCUGCUCAUGGGAAGGAGUCCGUUGUGACAACAUCACUGGCAACGUUAUUGGACUGGAACUUGGGGAGCAUGACUUGCAGCUGAAAGGUGAGAUCUCUCCAUCUUUGCUUCAACUUCAACACUUGAAUUACCUUGACUUGAGUCAUAAUUACUUCUACGGAACAACCAUUCCGUCAUUCAUCAGCCAGUUGAAGGAGUUGAGAUACCUUGACCUCUCUUAUUCUUACUUUAGCGGACCCAUUCCUGCUAGUUUUGGAAAUCUCUCCAAUUUGCUCACUCUUGAUCUGUCGGAGAAUGUUCUUUUUAUUUCUGACCCUGUAGACCAUGAAUGGCUGUCUCAUCUUACUUCAUUGCAACACUUGUAUAUGAGUGGUGUCACCUUUGGGAGUAACUCAUCUAGCAAAAGCUUGUUUUUAGCCUUGAACAAGCUUCCUGCCAUAGAGGAGAUAGGUCUGUCUCGGUGUCAGUUUGAAAGUAUUCCUCUUUCCAUUCCCCCAUCUAAACUUCUCAACCUUGAACAUCUAGAUCUCAGUAACAAUCAUAUUCGGUCCAGUAAUUCUUCUGCUACUGGCAUAGCCAAAAAGCAUAAGCAGUCUUUCGAUGCCAAUCUUGAUGGAGAUAUACCAGACUGGAUGGGGGACAUCAAGAAUCUCAAGGGAAUCUCGAGCAGCGUCCCAGACUGGUUUUGGAACCUGAUCAGUGUCAAUCUUACGAGUUUGUCCAUGUCUGAAAAUCAGAUUGAGGGAAUGCUCCCCAAAUUCUCAACUUCCAUUCAGUGGAAAACUAUUGAUCUUUCUUCCAAUCGGUUCUAUGGACCUCUACCGGGUUUUCUGGGUUCAUCCAUCUCCUCCAUAAAUCUUUCCAAUAAUUCAUUCUCAGGUUCUAUCUCUCACAUGAUAGCAGAGAACAUGCUGGCUCUGUCACGCAAUCCAUUUUCCAGUGUCUACCUCUCAAUGAACAAAUUAAAUGGCACCGUUCCCAGCUCAUUGUGUCCAAUCAAGGGACUUCAAAGUCUUGGUAUCUCGGAUAACAAUUUAUCUGGUGAGCUACCUGAUUGUUGGUGGAAUUCAACUAAGUUAUCGCAGUUGGAUUUGUCAAACAACAAGUUGACUGGAGGUAUACCUGAUUCAAUAUCUUAUGCUUCUCAACUAAUGCAACUUCGAUUGAGCCACAACAAAUUAUCUGGGGAAAUCCCUGCCUCAUUGAAGGAUUGCAGUCAACUUGAUGUUCUUGAUCUCAGUUACAACAACUUCACUGGAAGUAUACCAAUUUGGGUUGGAGAAAGUCUAUCAAGAUUAGUUGUUCUCAUCUUAAGAUCAAAUACCUUUAUUGGUCACAUCCCAGAGGAAAUUUCUCAACUCCAAAUAUGUACAAAUCCUUGA